UUCUGGCUCAGCUGCACCCGGCGCGGUGACUACCGGGAGCAAUUCCGCAGUGGUUGCCGGGAUCGCGAUGAUGUGGCCCCCCCGUCCCCCUCCCUGUCCCGGGAUGUCGGAAGAAACCCGACAGAGCAAAUUGGCUGCGGCCAAGAAAAAGUUGAGAGAAUAUCAGCAGAGGAACAGCCCUGGUGUUCCUGCAGGAGCGAAGAAGAAAAGAAAGAUUAAAAAUGGCAGUAGCCCUGAGACAGCCACUUCUGAUGGUUGUCACUCUCCUGAGGAUAUUCAGGACAUUCUGAAGGUGCUGGUGUCCGACCUUAACCGCUCCAAUGGGGUAGCGCUCCCCCCAUUGGACAAGUGGAAGGUGCCCAAAGACCGUGCUGCGCCUGCUGCACCAGCUGUUGAUGACACCGUGUCACCUGGCGGUGUCCCUUCCCCCUGUGCUAGUCCCCCCCGUGUCACUAGCAUGGCAUCAACUCAGAACCAUACUGCAGAAAACGAUUCUUUUCUCAUGGAAGAAAGCAAAUGUCUGUCAUCCACCGAGAGCCUGCGACAGCUUUCUCAGCAGCUCAACGGUCUUGUGUCUGAGUCUUCAUCCUACAUCAAUGGGGAGGGCCUGGCAUCUUCUGCUAGCAUAAAAGAUCUGGAGAGCCGGUAUCAAGAGCUAUCACUAGCCCUGGACUCCAGCAAUCUAACAAACAAACAACUCAGUAGCAAGAUAGAGGAAUUGAAACAGCAGCACCAGGAAGCUUUGGAUCAACUGGAAAAAGAGAAGAAGGAGUUUGAGCAGAAGCUUCUGAAGGAACAGGGGUCUCUGAGGGAACAGCUGCAGGUUCACAUCCAGACCAUAGGGAUUCUGGUGUCUGAGAAGACCGAUUUGCAUACAGCCUUGGUGCAUACACAGCAGGCGGUCAGGCAGAAAGCAGGGGAGUCUGAAGAUCUUGCCAGUCGCCUGCAGUCUUCCCGCCAGCGCAUAGGCGAGCUGGAGCGCACGCUGUCUGCUGUCUCUACCCAGCAGAAACAGGUGGACAAGAACAACAAGGACUUGACCAAAGAGCGAGACGCCCUCAAACUGGAAUUAUACCAGAACAACAAAGACAACGAGGACCUGAAGGAGCAGAACUCGGAACUGCAGGAGAGGCUGCGGGUCUGCAUGGAAGAGAAGGCAGCCCUGCAGCUCGGGGUGGGGGACCUGGAGAAGAAGCUGGAGAUGUCGGAGCUCCUGCUGCAGCAGUUUUCUAGUGGGUCUCAACCCGCCGACAGCAACCAGCAGUUACAGCAGGCCCUGGAAGAGCAGGCCCGGCUGGAGGCACGUAUGGAGCAGCUGAAAGACACCCUCAAGCAUAUGCAGCUGGAGAGAGACAAGUAUGCAGAGAAUCUGAAAGAGGACAAUGCCUUUUGGCAGGAGAGGAUGAAGCAGAUGUCUGAAAAGAUGAACCAGUUAAAGGAGGAGAAGGAGCAGAGCGUGAGUCAGGUGCAGGAGCUGGAGGCCAGCGUGGCCGAACUGAAGAAGCAGCUAGCCACCCCCCCUGCCCAGGAGCCCCCAGCAGGGCCCUCGGAGGUGGAAGAGCGACUGCAGGCGGAGGCUGACCGACUACAGAAGGAGCUGGAGAGCCUGGCAGGGCAGCUGCGGGCUCAGGUGCAGGACAACGAAGGUCUGAGCCGCCUCAACUGGGAGCAGGAGCAGCGGCUGCUGGAGCUGGAGCGGGCCGCCGAGUGCUGGGGGGAGCAGGCCGAGGAGCGCAAGCAGAUUCUGGAAACCAUGCAGAAUGACCGGACCACCAUCAGCCGCGCGCUGUCCCAGAACCGCGAGCUCAAGGAGCAGCUGGCCGAGCUGCAGAACGGCUUCGUCAGGAUGAGCAACGAGAAUAUGGAGAUUACGAGCGCGCUACAGUCGGAGCAGCACGUGAAGAAGGAGCUGGCCAAGAAGGUGGGCCAGCUGCAGGAGAAGCUGGCCGAGCUGAAGGAGACGGUGGAGCUGAAGAGCCAGGAGGCCGAGAGCCUGCAGCAGCAGCGGGACCAGUUCGCGAGCCACCUGCAGCAGUAUGUGGCCGCCUUCCAGCAGAUGGCCUCCGACAAGGAGGUGCUGCAAAAGCAGGUGCUGCUGCAGACGCAGCUCCUGGACCGGCUGCAGCACGAGCAAGUUCAGGGCAAGGCGGAGGCCGAGAUAGCCCGCCAGGAGUUACAGGAGACCCAGGGACGCCUGGAAGCUGCCACCCAGCAGAACCAGCAGCUCCAGGCCCAGCUGGGCUUUGGGGCUGUGCCUGAGGAAGGAGACAGACUGGACAGUGAGGAGGAGGAAGGGAAGGCAGCCCCGCCGAGGCUGAGCAUGCCCGAGGACCUAGAUAGCCGCGAGGCCAUGGUGGCAUUUUGUAACUCGGCCUUAGCCAGUGCCGAGGAGGAGCAGGCGCGCCUGCGCAGGCAGCUGAAGGAACAGAGGCUGCGCUGCCAGCACCUGGCUCGACUGGCGGCCCCUGGGCCCCUGGAGGACAGCGUACCUGGGGAGACCCACCAGGCCCUCCAGGCGGCCAUGGACAAGCUGCAGAGCCGCUUCCUGGAGCUCAUGCAGGAGAAAGUGGACCUGAAGGAGCGGGUGGAGGACCUGGAGCAUCGCUGCAUCCAGCUUUCUGGAGAGACAGACACGAUUGGGGAAUACAUUACCCUUUACCAGAAUCAGAGGGCCGUGCUAAAGGAGCGGCACCGGGAGAAAGAGGAGUACAUUAGCCGACUGGCUCAGGACAAAGAGGAAAUGAAGGUCAAGCUGCUAGAGCUGCAGGAGCUGGUGCUGCGCCUGGUGGACGAGCGAAAUGAAUGGCAGGGCAGGUUCCUGGCUAGCGCCCAGAACCCUGCUGGGGAACCCACUACAGCACCCCCAGCCCAAGAGCUUGGCACUGCCAAUAGCCAGGGUGAUGAUCUCCGUGAAGUGAGCCUGGCUGACAACGACAGUGUGGAGCCUCCCCAGGGCGAGGCCCUGCCACGCCACACUGGCGCCGAGAACCCCACCGCGCAGCAGAUCAUGAAGCUGCUGUGCGAGAUCCAGAACCCCCGAGAACGCCCGGGCUUGGGCAGCAACCCGUGCAUCCCCUUCUUCUACCGGGCUGACGACAACGACGAGGUGAAGAUCACAGUGGUCUGAGGAGCCGACACUGGCACACAGAGCCUAGAGAUGUGGGGCUGGGGCUCUGCCCCCACCCUGUCCCCACCCCCCUUCAUUCCUUCCCAGUCCCCUUUUAUCCUUCGACUACCAAGACAAGACCCCUGAGAGGGGUGUGGUGAGCCCCCUAGCGGGGGAGACAUACACAUGCAGACCCCUUGCCGCCUUGGCAACGCUGUAUCUUUAUCUCUGGGCUGUUCAGGGUUCCAGAAAAACAAAGAGCCAGAGGCUCAGUGAAUCUAGUUUAUUUAGGAAGCUGCCUUUCUCGGGGAGCAGGGGCUUCCUGGCGGCCUCCUCACCCCCAUCAAGUAGUCCUUCAUUUUGAGGGGCUUGUGCAUCCUCUAUUCAGAGGCACUUUGGGGCACAAGUGCCCCCCACUGUCCAGCCAGAUGACUGGGCAGCACUCUCCCAGGCCUCGGGGUGUCAGGGCUGAGGCCAAGCAAAGGCAUAAGCAUAAGCUGGUGGCGGGGUGGGCUCCCUCCCCAGUGUACAUACUUAUCUGUGUAACAUUUUGUAUAUUCUGGGGAUAGGGCAGCUCCUGUAUCAUAGCAGAGGUUGGAACUGGCAAAUGGGGAGAAAAUUCUAUUAAAUAUUUGAAUAUAGGGAAACUUAUUUAUUGAUAGCAUAGGGCAGAGAGGACGGGAACGGGGCCGGGGUCCUGCAGGGGUAAUUCGACUCCUGUUUUGCUUUUUAUUUCGGAAUAAAUGGAUUUAGCCAUA